CGCUCAACCUCGCGAUCGCGCCGGUCUUACCCGAACCUCCACAAUCUCUCCAUAGCCCCGCUCAGCGCCAAAUACCCACUCGAUGCAUCUGUUCCACCAUCGCCCGACGAGCCGGGAACCCAGACACCUCGCACAUCCUACAUAGCCCAGAAAUCGGCUCCCGCCACGCCAGGCGUGUUGAGCCUCAGCCAAACCCGAAGCAGCUCGAGACAGAACACCCGAAAGGCCUACGCAUACGACAGCUACUUCGCCGACACCAAUUCGGAGAUCCGAGCCGCUGGCGAUAUACCAAAAGCCAAGAGCACAAGCGUAUUGCAUCCUGGAGUCAGCUUUACAGAUGAAGUCGCGAGCGUGACGGAAGCAAGCAAGCCGCGGCAUCACACCAGAAAAGGCACCGCGCCGGUCCCUCUCUUCUCACCCCCCAUCAAACACCACACCAAAGAAUCAAACCACGAAUGGCUCCACCGCGCCGGCCUCGCCAUAGCCGGCGAAACAAGAGAUAGCAAAGGCCAAAGCUGGCUCGUCCGCCGCGAAAGCUCCACAAGCCUCGUCGGCCAAGACGCCGAAUACAAUCCUGAUGCCCCCCACGAUAACAACCACCACCACCACCACAUGGUUCUUUUAUCCGGGGAGCAUGUCAAUGAAGCAGACUACCCGUCCUUCUUCUCCCCCCGCAUGUCGCGCGCCGGCAGCCGCUUCCCCAGCCGCAUGGGCUCGCGCGUCCCCAGCGCGCGCCCCAGUCGCCGCGGCA